GCGGACACACACAAGAUGGCGGCGGCGGCGGGAAGAGGAAGCGGCGGCCCGCCCUGACAGCCCGUUACCCCGCCGCCAUGUUGGUGAGGGCGGGCCUGCCCGGCCUGCGGCGGCUGUGGGGGCGCGGAGUGGGGAGCGGGGCCGGGAGCGGGGCCGGGGCUGCCGCCGCCGCCGCCUGGUGCUUCCCGGCGGGCCGAGCGCUGCUGAGCGUGCGGGGCGCCGAGGCCGCCAUCUUCCUGCAGGGGCUGCUCACCAAUGACGUCACGCGGCUGGCGGGGGCGGGGCCGGGGGAGGGCGCCGUGCCCCCCCUCCCGCGCGCGCUCUACGCGCAUGCGCUCAACGUGCAGGGCCGCUGCCUCUACGACCUCAUCCUCUACAGGCUUCACGAGAGUCCAGAAGAAGAGCCACACAUCCUGCUGGAGUGUGACAGCAGCGUGCUGGAUGCCAUACAGAAACAUCUGAAACUGUACAAGAUCCGGAGGAAAGUAAACAUCGUCCCUUGCCUUGACCUUUCUUUGUGGGCCGUCUUCCCUGGGGAGCAGGCUGGAGAUAUCGCUGGUUCCCUCGCACAAUGUGCAGACCAGGCUCUGGUUUUAACUCCUGACCCCAGGACAGAAGUCAUGGGGUGGAGACUGGUUACAAAGAAAGGAGCAAAUCUGACAGAGGUCAUCCCUGGAAGUCGUAUCGGGAGCAUUCAGGAUUACCACAGGCACAGGUAUAAGCAAGGAAUUCCUGAAGGUGUGAAAGAUCUCCCUCCUGGAGUAGCCCUCCCACUGGAAUCCAACCUGGCCUUCAUGAACGGCGUCAGCUUUACCAAAGGCUGCUACGUGGGACAGGAGUUAACAGCCAGGACCCACCACAUGGGUGUCAUUCGCAAACGUCUGGUGCCAGUGCAGUUUUCAGUUCCUCUUCCCCAGGAGAGCAUUCCCGAGGGUGCCGAGAUCUUGACUGAAUCGGGAAAGUCAGCUGGCAAGUUCCGGGCUGGAGGAGAUGAAUUCGGCAUAGCUUUGCUGAGGCUGGCUAAUAUAAACGAACCACUCUGCCUAAACGUAGCGGGUGAUAAGGUGAAGCUCACCGCAAGUAUCCCUGAGUGGUGGCCAAAAACUGCUAGCAAAUAAAUGAGGAGCCGCCACUUGCACAUUUGCCUUAUUGAGAGUAUUUUUGUGUGACAAGCUUGGGAAGGUGACUGUGCCUUCAGCUGUUGUUUGUGGUGUUUGGUGAGGGUGUGUGUCAGCAGAAUUCUUCAAAUUGGGCUUAAACAGCAGGAGCCCAAACCAGCAGCAAGUGCUGCUGACUGUAAUGCUUUGUGGAGAGACCCUUACACAGGGAAGCACACCUUUCUCUGAGGGUGCCCCUUGUUUAUUUGGACUCCUGCUGAAUCUUUAGUCCACCACUUGCUCGAUCAAGUUGUAUUCUGCAUGGGGUGCUGUGUGUAUGGAGAGACCAAAGUGAGUGAUGGGGCAGGAGUAUCAACACUCUAUGCACUGAAGUUUUGUGUUCAGAAUUACCAAUCUGUGGUAUUGUAAUUUUCCAUUGGGGAGCAUGCUGCACUUACCUUGAAUAGGAUAUAUCGUUGCUAUACUCAGGCUGAAGUGUUCAUUGCAAAACACUCAUUGCAUUGAGCUUCUUAUUAAACUUGCUGAUUGGGUGGGUAUUUUUUUUCCACCACUCUAACUUCUAAUUGUGCUCAGGAAGAGGAAUAAAUUGUACUUCUCCUUUCAGAUCUGCUUUUAAUACAUCACGCCACAUUGAGAAAUGGGGGAAAGCUCUCAAAAUAUCCCUGUCCUGUUCCCUGCUUCAUAGCCAGCAGAGGGUGCACAGCCAGAGCAACCUGCACCGAGCUCCUGUGCCGUUGCUCACCUUGGCCACGCGUGCUUUGCUCACGCAAACAACUGUUCAGAGAGGAAAGUGAUAUUUUAUGGAAAUAACGUGUGCUGGGGCAUGCCCUGGAGUGGCUAUUGUAUUGGUGUACUGGUGCUUGGCUGAAUAAUCUAUUACUAUAAGCACCUUCCCUCCAGCCUUAGUGAUUGAGUUGCCAACAACAGUUGAGGGGUGGAAUUUUUUGGCAACUUUGUAAUUUGUACAUGAAUGUGUGCACAGUUACAUAGGAGGAAAGAUUCCUCACUGUGUUUCAGUUACGCUGGUGUAGUUGCAAAUGAAGGUAAUGCCAGGUGAAGGUGUUGUGAUUAAAUGCAAAAAACACUAAGACCACAUGCCCCGCAAUCUUGUAGAAAAAUCCUCUGAACUUUCCUGAAGGCUUCAGCAGGGGUAGCACAGCUGGUGAAGGGACAGCGUGCCCCCACGUCAAACUGAGGUCCUUGCGCUUCCCUCUGCGUAAGCUGCAGUCUCUGGGGCAGGGGUUAGUGCUUAGCCCGGUGCUUGGGGCAGGAUUUUCACCAUGUUCAUUUCUCUGGCUGCUUCAUCACCACACUUGUUCUUCCAAGAGCUGUGUCCCUCAUACAAAAAGCCCGUUUUGGGCGAGUCCCUGCUGCCAUCCCUAGCUGAGGUUUUCUCCAUCCAUAGUCCCCUCUGGGUUUUCAGAGCAGCCCAAUACUUCAGGGUGUCUUUGCUGCUUUUUUCUAUCUCCUGCUGCUCUUCUUUAAGCUUGUUCCUGCUUCUGCAAUCAAUGUGUCCAUCUCUCUGUGCCCCAAAGCCAGACAGGUCUGUGCCUGUCAACCUGUGGCAAUUUAUAGGAGCCCUAUGUAUUUUUAUAUUACAAUAAAUCCAUUAUGUGUUCAGUCUUGUAUUUCCAUGGGUGAUGAAGGGGGUGAUGAGAGAGUUUAGCAGGUGACUAAAAACGCUCUUGUAUGCGUAUGUGUAAUAAAAAACCGUCCAAAGUGUGUUCUAUUACUGUGAAGGGAAUUUAUCUGUGAAAAAAAUGCUCAUAUUGCUUAAAGCUCAUUAAGCUUGCUGUGAAAUGAAUCUGUGGAAUAUCUCAUUAAAAGUUUAUUGUCUCA